GCUGUUCGUGUUUUGUAAUUUACUGCGGUGAAAUGGUUGUGUUUGGGACAGGGAGUGUGAGGGAGCAUGGCAGUUGCAUGUAGACGCAGUUAGGUUUGGAGGAGGAUGUGUGUCAUGUCUCUCCAGCUCUGUGCUGCUGAUGAUCCAGCGGUGCGGAUAGCUAACUGUAGCCUGCAAAAGCCUCGCUGACACUUAACCCACUGUGGCCUUGUGGAAAUCCUCAGCUACCGAUAUUUCUGUUCCGUGUAGACAUUCGUUUUUGUAAUAUUUACAUCCAAACGUGUCUGUAUAUAAGAAGAUACAGCCUAAUAAUAGCAGCAGCAGCAGCAGGGGAAUCUUCUCGACCUGAGCUGCAUUGUAUGACGUCAUGGGUUUGUACUGAAGCCCAUUUGAAUUGACUCUGCUUAACAACUGUGCUGCGUUCAAUUAUACAAGUGUUCAUGUACAGAUGGGUUCAUUACAUGCCUGUUCUUCUUGGCCGUGUUUUUAUUUUCCAUGAGACUCAUAUGCACCUGUUAACAGCGCAUAAAGAAAGCCCUGACAAAUGAUAUUCAUGCAUGGUGGCACUAGUGAGUGUCUGAACUAUUCUUGAUAGAUGAAAAUUGAAAUAUCAGUUAUUCUGGUGGUUACUGCUUACUUUAGGCUAAGCAAUCUUUUUUUUUUAAUCCUUUUUAUUGGUUGUUUGCGUCUAACUAACUGGACCUGUCAAAAAAAAUAUUUGAAAACAAGCAAAUUCAGUGUUGAAACCGAGUGUUUCAAUUUUGGAGCAACAUCUAAAGCCAAAUCCAAAUCCAGUGCCCAGGCCAUACAGUUAAGCCAGAUUGAGCAUGUUCAGAAAUGUGCAUGGCGAAUUGUACUAAUCAAAGAUGCACUGAAAGCCCUCUCACUGACCAUCCUUCCAAGAGACAAUUGUGCUUUCAGCCUUCUCAGUUCCUCUUCCUGGGACUGGCUCUCACCGCUUAAAGCCCAGACGUCAUUCUAACAAAUCAGGAAGUGCAACCAGUUACAGAUUCCCCAAAAAAACACAGAAAAUCACAAACCCCAUCCAUAAUAAGAAUUUAAAUGCCAAGUCAUAGACUGUUUUUUACUUUAUCUGUUCUUUAUUGUUUUUAGAUUUUGUAUACUUUAUGUAUUUUAUCAUUUGAUUAUAUCAUAUUCUGUGUAAAUCGAUUGUAAAUAUUUGUGCAGUUUAUGUGAGUGUGGAAGACGGUUGCUUCAGAGAAAAGUAGCACAGAUACAUUAUGUUCAGGGGCUGACACUGGCCUGAAACACUGAAUCAGUCUCUGAUUGUAUUUAACAUACUUUCCAGUCUGAUCCACCCACUGAUAUAUCCUGUGCAGUGAAUGUGUGUGAUACUGACUAACCCAAAACUGAUCUUGCAUUCAACAUAGGACACACAUUGUCCUAAAGCCUGCCACCGUUGAAUCUCUCGUGUCCUUCAUAGUCGCCACAGAAGCUCACAAACAUUCAGCUCUGUUACUGUGAGGAAGGUGAUAUCGGAUAAGUAUCAAGUAUCAGCUGAUGCUAAUUUCAGAGCUCUGAUGUUCUAUCUGGCAUCAAAGUGCAGCAUGAACGUGGUGUUAAUGAGGAAGAUGUACUUGCUGAGCUGCUUUCUAGCCUUGCUGCUCCCACCUCUCUCACACCAAGAGGAGCAUCACAAGCUGCUUCUAGUGUCGUUUGAUGGCUUCCGCUGGGACUACGUGAACAGGGUUCCCGCACCCAACUUCCGUGCCCUGAUGGAGGAGGGAGUGCAGGUGGAGCGUGUGGAGAACACCUACAUCACCAAGACCUUUCCUAACCACUACACUUUAGUGACAGGCUUGCAUGCAGAGAGUCAUGGCAUUGUAGCAAAUGAAAUGUAUGACCCAGUUCUGAAUCGCUCCUUCUCCAUGGAGGGGCCGGAGGUGUACGACUCUCGAUGGUGGGAGGAGGCUGUUCCGCUGUGGGUAACCAAUCAGAUGGCUGGACAGAAGAGCGGGGCUGCCAUGUGGCCUGGAUCAGAUGUGUCCAUUGGUGGAAUAUACCCGACCCGUUACAUGCCCUACAAUGCCUCCAUGCCCUUCGAGAUGCGUGUAGAGAAGCUGAUCAGCUGGUUCUCAGGACCAGAGGCGAUUAAUUUUGGGGUGCUCUACUGGGAAGAGCCUGACGAGAGCGGCCACAACCUGGGGCCCGAGAGUCCGCUUAUGGACGUGGUCAUUGAGGACAUUGAUGUCAAACUGGGUUUUCUCCGAGACGAGCUCAAGAGAGCUGAGCUUUAUGACAAAAUCAAUCUCAUUGUCACAAGUGACCACGGUAUGACACAGCUGUCACAUGACAAAGUCAUUGAGCUGGACACCUACGUGAGUCGGGAUCUCUACACGUGGAUAGACAAGAGCCCAGUGGUGGGCAUUCUACCUAAAGAAGGUAAAUUUGAUGAGGUAUAUAAUGUGUUGGAGAAUGCAAAUCCUAACAUGGUCGUGCACAAGAGAGAAGACAUUCCUGAUCAUUUCCACUACAAACACAACGUAAGAAUAAUGCCGAUUAUUAUUGAGGUCAAAGAAGGCUGGACAAUCGUACAGAACAAGACUGGACCCUUUAUGUUGGGCAACCAUGGCUAUGAUAACCACCUACCCAGCAUGCACCCUGUGUUUGUUGCCCGUGGGCCAUCGUUCCGCACAGGUUACACUAAGGCCUCGAUGCGUUCAGUGGACCUCUACCCUCUCAUGUGUAGUAUUCUGGGCAUUCAGGCACUGCCUAACAACGGCUCCCUGAUGAGCGUGCGGGAUCUGCUGGUGGAGACGUUCACACCUAGACCUGUACCUCUGUCCGUACCCGAGGAGCCCUCGUAUCCCUGGGCUGUGGGCACGGUCCUGGGCAGCAUUCUCGUCCUGGGAUUCCUCAUUACGUUUGUGAAGCAGGUGACACAGAGGCAACUGCCCCCUAUGCCUCUAACCAACAGGGAGAUUUCACAGCCCUUACUGCAGGAUGAAUUACGCCUUUAAUGAAAAAACAGUGUUUCUCGUUAUUACAUUAUGUUUAUUUAGAAAAAGAGAAGCUUGCAGUAACACUAAGGUUUCUAGUGGGAGGCUCUUGGAAGCAUGUAGCAUUGCUCCACACUCUGGUGCUUCAGAGCCGGUUUUUACCAUUUGUUAGUUUCCAAAAAUUUAAAUUUAAACCGGAGACCAGGUCACAUUAAUUCAUGUACUAGUGAAAGAGGGGAGGAGUACCAAAUCAAAUCCAUGCCACUGGUGCCAUGCCAAAGUUUAGCAACUGUAGAGCAAUACAGCAAGAGAAGCUACAGGCAAACAGUCCAAACAAUCAUUCAACAUCCUCUGCUGGCAAACCUGAGCAUUUUAAUUUCUGAAAUCCCGUGGCCUGUGUACUUAAAAAGAACAGAAAAUGAACAAGAGAAAUUGUUUUAAAAAAAAAAAUUCUACCAUUUUAAAAUACAACCAGAAACUUUUUUUUUCCUUCCAAAAAAAACAAACUUGAAAAAAAAAAAAAAGAGAGUGAGAGAGACUGUUUCAUUCUGUAUUUAUUGAAUGUUUAACAAGUGGUAGUUCUCUUUAGGGCAAGGGCAUUGGCAUCUUUGCUAAUUGCUUUUUAUUCUUUGUGUUUCAUUCACUGGGAUUUCUUUAAUCUUGUAAAAUGCAAUGGCUACAUGCUUUUAAUGUUUUGUUUGUAAUGCUGGCAGUGUUUUUUUUUUUUUGCUGUUAUUUACAUAAAAUAGGUACUUAAUCUGCCACUGUGUUGCACUAAGAUUACCGCAAGCUAAUCAGGACUUGUAGAAAGUGUAAUGGAAUGGUUUUAGAUUUGUUGCAUUUUGCACACUAUUUCCCCAUGCUUUUAAUAUUUUUAACAGAUAUGUGCCAAAAUACUUUAGCUACUAAUAUGUGAAACAGUAAAUUAGUGGUUUUGGUUUUUUAAUUUUAGACUCAGAAUUUUACACAAGGCCCCAACUGGGGAGAACCACUGUGAUUUACCCUUUACAGGUAUAAAAAGAAAAAAAGAAAAAAAAAAAAGAAAAGAAAAAAAGGGAAAGUGUUUAACACACUCUGAUGUAAUUAUUGCUGAUACAUUUAGUACACAUGUUGCUUGUAAAAUGUUAUGCUUCUAUGCUGUGGCUAAAACUGAGGGAAAAAAAGGUUGACUAUGAUGGUGAUGUUUGCCCUUCUCAUGUGAAAUCAUAUUGUAGUGUUUAAAGUAUUACUUAAGUUAUUAUUUAAUUGUUGUCUUACAUGUUCUGGAUUUUAAUUAAAGACUGGUGCAAGAUGCACACUCA